AGCUUGGCGGCAGUGGCAGUGAUGACGAGUUGCUGCCUGAUUUAGAGCCCAACGGAGCCGCUGUUGACAUUUCCAGGGAGAUGGACACCGGCACCGAGUUUGGCAUGGAUGAUUACGACGAUGAUGAGGACUGCAAGCUUGCUGGGCUGCAUGUUGAUUUGAAGGAGCGGCAUCGACAGGAGCAGGAUGACCAGAUGUUCCCAGAUGAGGUGGACACACCGGAGGGUAUACCUGCUCGCCAGAGGUUCGACAAGUACCGCGGCCUGAAGAGCUUCCGCACAUCACCCUGGGACCCCCGGGAGAGCCUGCCUCAGGACUACGCACACGUGUUUGCUUUUGAGAACUUUAGGCGAGCACACAAGCGGGCAACGGAGGCAUCCCUCAAGGCAGGUGCUGCAGGAGAUGCACACGGAGUGCCAGUUGGCUCGUACGUGCAGCUGCGAGUGGCCGCAGUUCCUGCAGAUGCGGCAGCCCGGGUGCUGCAGCGGGUGACAGCAUCCCGGCAGCAGGCCGUGGCGCCGUUGGUGGUGUUUGGCCUGCUCCACCACGAGUGCAAGCUCUCUGUCCAGCACUAUGGCGUGCGGAAGGCUGCUGGUUAUGAGGACCCGCUGCCAAGCAAGGAGCAGCUGCUGCUGGUCAAUGGGCUGCGCAGCUUCUUUGCGCGCCCCGUCUUUAGCACAGACGAGCACGGCGCCGACAAGCACAAGAUGGAACGCUUCCUGCACGAGGGCAGGCCCAGUGUGGCAACGGUGUAUGCCCCAAUAGCCUACACACCCCUGCCACUGCUGGCCUUCAAGGUUGCAAAUGAUGGUGCUGCGCAGCUUGUGGCUACUGGUAGCCUGCGCAGCUGCGACCCAGACAGAAUCGUGCUCAAGAAGAUUGUCCUCAGCGGGUAUCCAGUGAAGGUCCACAAGACCAAGGCGGUGGUGCGCUUCAUGUUCCACAAUCCAGACGAUGUGCGCUGGUUUCGUCCGGUGGAGCUGUGGACAAAGGCAGGGCGGCGGGGCCGCAUACGGGAACCGGUGGGCACGCACGGAGCCAUGAAGUGCAUAUUUGAUGGACCGCUGCGACAGCAAGAUGCGGUUCUGAUGAGCCUGUACAAGCGAGUAUAUCCGAAAUGGCCGGAGAACCUCGACUUUGCUGCAUGAUUGCACAGUUUGGUUGCGACGGAUUGUUUAGAACAAAGAGUCGGGCUGAAAGGGGCCAGCAGAAAUGCCUGUCAUGUCAAUGACUGCGAUCAAAAGAUGAACGCCAGCGCCCAACAACAGGAAACUAGUAGCUACUGUACGCCACGGUGCUGCUGCGCGAUUUCCACCCUAUCCCGCCGCCGCCGCUUGCGGUUCUCUAGGCUCUGCAGGCUGUACUGCCGCUUCUUCAACAGCUGGCUGGCCAGGCGGCGCCGCU